UGUAUGCUUGGACUUUGUGCAGUCGUGUGGAGGAUAGGGUGAAAAGGAUGCUGGGAAUAGUAUGGGCUGUAGAGCUGGGAGCACCCUCCUAAGGGAGACACUUAGGUGUAACAUGAUCAGAUAGGAGUAUGGGCCAAGGACUAAGAAUAGAAUUGAGCUCAAGCUCAUGGCUCAGGUGGGAACACAGGAAUGCCAGCCAUGAAGUUAUCAGCCAGAGCUAGAGAAGAGAGCUAGGCUGGAGGAGUGGAGCCUAGGGUUACCAAAGAAGGGCAAAGUCCAGAUGGGAUCACAGCAGUUGAUAGGAGGCAACAUGUGUAGAAAAGGGCAAGGAUCGGGCCCCAGUGUGCUUGGAACCAGAGCCAGAGAGUAAGCUCUGGGCUUGGAGGAAGCCCCACUGGGCCUCAUGGCCUUCCUGGUGUCUGGGACCCUGCAGGCGGCUGCACAGUUGGCAGAUGCUUGGGACAGCUUGGGAAGACAGGGAAAAUACAGGGUGCAGGGUUCAAGGGUAGCCUUGAUACUCAGCAGUUCCGGAGUGUCUGUGGCUGCAGCUGCUGCCCUGGAUGGUGUGUUCCAGGCUCUGGGCUUUGAAAACUGUGAGAAGAGGAAGGUCUCAGUCCAGAGAUUCCAUGAGGAGCUGAGUUUGUUCCGGGAGCAGCUGGAUAUCCAGAGGGGUGCUGUGGGGUGUGCCCUUGUGGUCUUGAUGGCCCCCAGUGGGCAGCUAAGGCAGCCACAGCUGCUGGUUCAGGAGCUGAGUCGCUGUGGGGCCCUGCAGGGUUGCCCCAAAAUCUUCCUGUUGCUCUCUAGUGGCCUCAAGGCUGCCUGGGAGCCUGAAGCUUUCCUCACGAGUCUGGGGGAAAUCUGCAACCAACGUCCUCACUGGUCACUGCUGCAGCUGCUGACAGAGCUCUUUUGCAGAGUAGCUGAAGAGUCUUCUGGGGAUACCUACUGCCCAUUCUUUAGGACCUCCUUGCGGGGCACCCUGUGUUUGGGAGAUGUGGAGCCCUGGAGGCCAGAGUCAGACUCCAGACCAAGUGCACAGUAUGACCUGUCUGGGACCAGAGCCGCGCUCCUACUGGCUGUGAUUCAAGACCGGCUUGGGGCACAGCAUGAUGUGGCAGCACUGGUGGACCUGUGCCAGGCCUUAGACUUCAAGGUCACCUUGAGGAUAGACCCUACAGCUCAGGCAUUCCGGGAGGAGCUGGCUCAGUUUCGGGAAAAGCUGGACACUUACAAGAGCCCUGUGAGCUGUGCCCUGCUGGCCCUGAUGGCCCACGGGGGGCCACAAGGGCAGUUGCUGGGGGUUGAUGGGCAAGAAGUACAGUCCGAGAUGUUGGGCCAGGAGCUGAACUGCUGCCAGGCACUGCAUGGCCGCCCCAAGGUCUUCCUGCUUCAGGCCUGCCGUGGGGGGAACAGGGACCCUGGUGUGGGGCCAAGAGCUCUCCCAUGGUACAGGCGCUGGCUGCGAGCACCCCCAGGCAUCCCCACCCAGGCAGAUGUUCUCCAGGUUCAUGUUGAUGCCCCAGGGAGCACUGGCCAAGCAGACAUCCUCACUGUCUACUCAGCUGCUGAGGGCUGUGUGGCCUAUCGGGAUGAAGAAAAGGGCUCAGACUUUGUCCAGACGCUGGUGGAGGUCAUGAGAGCCAACCCAGGAGGAGAUCUCAUUGAGCUGCUGACAGAGGUCAACAGGAGGGUGUGUGAACUGGACUUGCUCGGGCCAGACAGUGACGAGCGGCGCAAGGCAUGCUUGGAGAUCCGCAGCUCGCUCCGGCGCCGGCUCUGUUUGUAGGAUUGACAGUCCGGCUACUUCCGCUCUAUCCUCGUUACGCACUCUGUCAGCGUUUCAGCACCUUGGGUGUGGGAGCUCAGAUAGCGUGCAAUAAAUACCUGUUCACGAUC